AUGGAAAACCCGUAUGAGAAAGUUCAAAGCAAUAUUCUGGCUAGAAUCAUUGGCAAUGUCGAAAGGUUGAACCAGAGUGUAGUGAUACUAAACCAAGAGCUUCGAAGGGUAAACACCAAGAAUAAGAAUUUGGAACUGAUGUCACAAAUGUGUGAGAACUAUAGAGAAUCUGUUGAUUUCCAGUUGCAGGCAACUUCCAAGAAACAGGACCCAUUGUAA